AUGGAGAACAUGGAAAAGGAUGGAAAGAAAGCCGACAAAGUGAGUGUGUCCCAGAGUCUGAAGCACAUGGUGCGCGACUGGACAGAGGAUGGCGGCAAAUACGAGAGAGACGGGUGCUUUGCGUGUCUACUCAAAACGCUAGACACGCUGUACCCAAGCCGCGACACAAACCAACCAGUCAAAGUGCUCCUCCCGGGCGCGGGACUGGGUCGUAUGGGAAGAGAUAUAGCACACCAAGGAGGUUUCGAGGUGACGAUCAACGAAUGGUCCAUGUUCAUGAACGUCGCCUACCGAUUCCUCGAAAAACACGCGCACAUUGUCGAUAACGAAGUGGUCCACCCUUUUAUCGACUCUUGGUCACAUCACGCCCGGACGAGUGACAUGAUGCGAUCCAUGUCGUUUCCCGACCAGCCACUCAAUGCGAGUGAUGUAUUGCUCGUGGAGGGUGACUUUACCACCGUUUUCAACAGCGCACGGCCAAAGCCCCAAUUUGACGUGAUCGUCACGUACUUCUUCAUCGACACCGCCAGAAACCUAAUGGGCUACCUCGACACUAUCCAGACAUAUCUCAAGCCUGGAGGCCACUGGAUUAACCUGGGCCCUCUCCUCUACGGCACGGCACCUUUUGUCCAGCUCUCGCUAGAGGAUAUUGUCGCUGUGGCAGAAAAGGGACUGGGUUUUGAAUUUCUGGACGUCGCCGGCAGCGAGUGUGGUGAAAUCACGCUGGAGGGCAAGAAAGUCAGGGGCAUGGAGGCCGCCUAUGGAUUCAACGACCGAGCACUGACAAAGAAUGCGUAUCAGGCGCAGUUCUGGGUGGCUCAGAAAAGAAAAUAG